AUGGCCAAAGCAGAUACCAAACAACAAUCGGUCCUUGUCACAGAGGAAUCCGGCGUCAAUGCCGGUUAUUUCUUAACAAUCGACCCAUCGGUCGAAAAAUCCAUUCUCCGAAAACUAGACUUCAAAUUGCUACCAGUCGUCUCGUUCAUGUACUUUUUCAACUCCCUCGACCGGAGCAAUCUGGGAAACGCAAAAACAGACGGCCUAGACUCGGAUUUGCAUCUUCGCGGUAACCAGUAUAGCAUUAUCCUCGCGGUUUUCAAUGUCACAUUCUGUCUUUUUGAUCUUCCGUCAAACCUCCUGCUCAAGAAGUAUAGUGGAAAGAUUAUGCUUCCGGGAAUGAUGUUAGGAUGGGGAUCAAUCACACUAAUCCAAUGCGCGGUGCAUAAUUUCGCCGGGCUUCUAAUCUGCCGACUGUUGAUGGGAUGUUUCGAAGCCGGAUUCAUGGCCGGAACAAUCUUCUACCUAACCCAGUUCUACAAACGCAACGAAAUCGCCUUCCGCCUCUCCAUCUUCUACGGCACUGUCACCAUCGCCGGCGCCUUCUCCGGCCUCAUCUCCUUCGGCGUCUUCCAGAUAAAACACAACCACCUGCACGGCUGGCAAUAUCUCUUCCUCAUCGAAGGCGGCUGCACACUCCUCGUCGCCUCGUUUGCUAUAUGGCACCUCCCGAAAAGCGGUUCAUAUUGCCACUGGUUCAAUGAACUCGAGGCGCGGACUGCGCAGCUGAGGUUGUUGCAGGAUGGGUCUGUACGGACGGGUGAUAAGUUGGAUAUGCGCGGUGCGCUUUCUGCGCUGCUGGACUGGCGGAUUGCGGUCUGGGCUGUUGCGUGUUUUUGUUAUGGGAUUGGCCAGACAUCUGUGAGUAAUUUUCUGCCGCAGAUGGUUGCGUUGCUCGGGUAUUCGACUGUCAAGACGAAUUUGUAUACGGUGGCGCCGUAUGCCGUGGGGACGGUUGUGCUGUGGUUGCUAUGCUGGUCGUCUGAUCGUUUCCGGGAGCGCUCAUGCCACCUUGCUGGGUCGUUGAUGAUUACUUUCGCCGGGUAUAUUAUUCUCAUUGCUAUCGACGCAGAGAAACACCAAGCUAUUGCUUAUUUUGGAUGCUUCCUGCUAUGCUGCGGAGCGUUUGCGCCAACGGCGCUGUUCCACAGUUGGCAUACGAAUAACGUGCCCAUUGAGAGUUCACGGGCAGCGAUCGUGGGAUUGAUGGCUGGGUCUGCGAAUUGUGCAGGCAUCCCCUCGAGUUUCGCAUUCGAUGAUCGCACGGCACCGAAGUACUUGCCCGCACUGAUUGUCAACUGCGUCUUCCUUGUGACCGGCGUGGUUGUGAUCUUGGGCCUGGGGAUGUGGUUUCGGUACGAUAAUUAUCGGAGAGAUAAGCUGCAGGGGGUUCGACUUACAGCUGCGGAUAUCCCGACGGAGAGUCUUGUGGGGGGAUGGAAGGAUCCUAGUUGGAGGUGGACGGUUUAG